AUGAUCCUCACUGUGCAGGAAGAAUUGUGUGGAACUUCAAAUGGUUUCCCGUCAGAUGAAGGGGGUAAGGAGGAGACUGUGCUGGAGAAUGUGCAGCAGCAACGACAGCAGACUAUCAGGUCAGGGUUGCAGCAGCCAGGCUGCACGCAGUGGUCCAAUUCCACAGUGCUGCCUCCUCCUACUCCGCCGCCGCCGCCGCCGCCGCCGCCGCCGCCGCCGCCGCCGCCUCACCAAUCACGUGAGGGAGACAAGAAGAGAAAGCCACAAUUGCCGAAGGAGAGCUCUUCCUUUCCAUCUUCAGCUUUGGCUGCCGUCAGCAGAGUGCAGGAUGAAGUAGUUCCUGCUCUUGUUCCUGAGUACACUGCAGGACCACCAGAACGUAGUCAGACAUCCUCUGAAACUGAUGAACUGAAGACGAAAACAUUAACAAAGUGGUACCAAUGUGUGGGUGGAGCACCUGGCUUCACAUCAGAGGCGUUUAAGGUAAUUACGGCAGAAGCUUGUCACCGUGAAACAAAGUUUCCAUCUCUAUGUAGUUUGGUAGUUGAUGAAAUUGCCAUCAGGCAACAUGUAGCAUUUGAUGGUACAUGCUAUUACAGUUAUGUUGACCUGGGGUCAUCUGUAGACACAGAUAAUUUGCCCAUUGCCAAAGAAGCAUUUGUGCUCAUGCUUGUGGCUAUUAAUGCUUCUUGGAAGCUCCCAGUUGGUUAUUUCCUGACUGCUGGUAUAACUGCAGAAUUGGAGGCUUCGUGGCUUCCACCGCCUCAGCCCUCGACUCCGACAGCGCCUCCGCCAUUCGCGCCUCCACUGCGGGUGUUCCUGCCGGACCGGUCUCCUGCAUUGGGCAGGCGCCUCUUGCUGCCGCCAAGACCCCACCUCUGGCCGCCACCGUGUUCCUCCGCGGUGCCAGAACUGAUGGACGCGGAGGCUGCCAUCAUGCAGCCACCCCCGGUGGCCCAUUGA